AGUAGUAAGACACCGAAGAAGAAUCGUCGGAAAGGAGGUGCAUUGUUCCAACUGUCUGGUCGACACAGGUGAGCUCUGCAGCCAUGCCGCUCUCGGAGAUGAGUCUGCUGAGCCGCAAGUCCUUGGCUCACGUGAACACCGACGACCCCUUCAUCCGGUCAUCGUGCGUUUACACCAUGAGCUCCUGCAUGAUUCUUGUGGUGGUAUUCUUCGUGGUGCUUCCUGGGGCGCUCAUCCCUUAUUUUAAGAAGGUGCGCUACCUGGCCGAAGUCCCACGUAUCGAGGACCAGGCAAGGUCCACUCCGAGCGAUGGAUUCGGACCGCUCACCCUUUGUCAGGUGGAAAUUCGCAGCUUUUCCCGUCCGUCACCAUGGUCCUAUUCGCCAGAGUACAUUCCCGUGGACCUGUGCUCACAUGCGGUGUUCAACGUGGAAGGUCUUCGAGAUUGGUUCAACGAUAUGCUCAACUACGACAUGUACCAGAGUGCAAUCAGGCCCCUCUUCUUUUCCUUCAUGCAAGAUCUGCGAAAACGACAACCCAGCAUACAGGUGUACGUCGCAGUGGGUACCUUCACCAACCUCACUACGGCUAUGGGAAGCGUGGCGUCGAGUAGCCGAGACACUGUCCCCCAUUUCGCACGGAACGUCCUCCGCUGGACGUUGGGCAACCGUAUCGACGGCGUCCUCUUCGGCGGCAUGUUCCCUACUGCCCCCGACAGGCGCAACGCUAUGGUGAAACUCCUCAAGAAGACCGGAACCCUGUUCCGCGUCCAGAGAACAAAGUUGGGCAUCAUCGUUCCUUCAACGGCUGACGUCUUCGGGUUACGCGGCUCGGGCAAGAAAUUGUCGAGCUUCGUCGACCUGGUCAUUGUUCCUGCAUAUCGUGAGGCGCCCCCUACAAAGCACAGGGGUAUAUUGAGCAUGCAACAGUCUAUCGAAAUAUUGUUGAACAGUGGCAUUCCAUCAAGAAAGAUCAUAGUAGGGGUCGUUUUCCACGGGUCUUUGCAUCAGGUCUCCAAGAAGCCUUUUGUGCCACAAAUGAACGCUACCUUCAAGGAGCUUCCCUACUACGAGGUGUGCCAGUGGGUACGCGACGGUGGUUGGGAUCACAUGCUGGAUAUGGACACGUUGUCCGCUUACGCGCACAAGAGCAACGUCUGGGUGAACUUCGACGACAGGCAUAGUCUUGCACUGAAGGCGGACUUGAUACGCAAUUCAUCGCUCGGCGGAAUGAUGGCUUGGGACAUCAGCCUGGACGACUACCGUGGCGUUUGCGGUCUUCCCUAUCCUCUGCUGACCGCUAUGCAUGACCAGUUAUUGCUGGGUAGCAUGAGCAACGUCAGCAUCGUAUAAUACCGUGCCCUUUUCGUUUUCUUCUUCUUCUUUUUUUUUUUAACGAGCAUGUGGUGUUUCUAUGACUACAAGAAACUGUGGCUGUUGUUGUGAGGGUGGCCUCGAAGAACAGAUGUUGAGUGAGUGAGCGCGGGACUCAUGCUGCAAUCAUACGGAUUGCACAGUAGAGCACUAAAAAGGCUGCAUUUUCAAGUUCCUCCUUUGUAUAGAGCACUGUAUACAAAUCGCAUUUGCAAACACAGAUUUUCUAGCGACGCUG